GGGAAAGUCGCCGAAGAGUACUUCGAGUCUGGCAACUUCUACUGGAACGCCGGUAUCUUCAUCUGGAAAGCGAAGACCGUUCUCGACGCUUUGAAGAAGCACGAGCCAGAAAUGUAUGCCCACCUCGAAGCGAUUGCCAAUGCUUGGGGCACCGCCGAGCAGGCCGAAGUUUUCGAUCGCGAGUUCGGUGCCAUCCAAGGCAAGUCGAUCGACUAUGCGGUGAUGGAACACCAUAACGACAUUGUUGUCGUCGAAGCUCCUUUCAACUGGGACGACGUCGGCAAUUGGCAAAGCAUGGCUCGGCUGCAUGGGCAGGACGACUGUGGCAAUACACACUUGGGCGAUGUCCUGGCGAUUGACUCCAACGGGUGCAUUGUCCGCGGCGAAGAUGGCCAUCUGAUCGUGACGCUCGGCACGCAAGAGUUGAUCAUCGUGCAUACGCCGGAUGCGACAUUAGUGGCGGAUAAGUCGCGGGAAGAAGACAUUCGCCAGGUCGUUAAAAAACUGGACGAGGGAGGACGCAUUGCGGCCGUCGACUAUGGCACGGUCCGCAUCGGAAUUGCGAUUACGGACCCUGAUCGCGUUCUGGCAAGUCCGCUGGAAAACUACAACCGCCGUAGCCCUUCCAAAGAUGCUCAGUUCUUUCGCGAACUAGCUGAACUGGAACGCGUGGUGAUGUUUGUAGUGGGCCUGCCGGUUCACAUGAGCGGGGACGAAAGCCAGAAGUCGCACGAAGCCCGCGAGUUCGGCAAGUGGCUUUACGAGACGACGAACGUUCCCGUCACCUUCUACGACGAACGCUUCACCACCAGCAUGGCCAAAGACAUGCUACAAGAGGCAGGUCUCACCAAGAAGCGUCGCAAA